UAUGUUACUUGUUGAUCUCUGCUCGAGAAGUCGACUGUGUUAACAUUAAAAUAAUUUGCAUACAAAAAAGUAAUCAUGGUAUUGCUACCGAUUACUUUGGCCUUAAUAACUUUAGUACUAGUAUGGUAUUUCAUUGGGAUAUACAAUGAAAAUUAUUGGAGAAAACGUGGUGUGGUCUUCUACAGCAAAAACAAAGUCUUAGGACCAUUAUGGGAUUUCUUAGUGUCACCACGUCCCUUGUUCCAAGUCUUUGGAGAUCUCUACCAACAAUACAGACACGAACCAGCCAUCGGUUUGGGACACUUGUUAACACCAGCGAUGUUUGUCAUCAAUCAGAAAAAUGUGCAGCAAGUUCUAUCAGGUGACUUCCAAUCUUUUAAUCAUCGAGGCAUGGAAAGCAUUGAAGGAGACCAAUUAAGUGAUAAUAUUACCUUCAUGACUGGUCCAAGAUGGAAGCUGAUGCGAUCGAACAUGACUCCGUUGUUUACGGCAAACAAAUUGAAGAACAUGUAUUACAUCAUGGACAAAAGUGCUCAAGACUUUGCGAACUAUUUGAAAAACAAUCCCAAGACCCGUGAUGGUAACUUAUUUGAAACUCUUAUGAUGUUCUGUAAUGCUGCAGUUUGUGGAGCUAUCUUCGGCAUUGGAUCAGAGUCAAUCUUUGAUUCACCUUUCCUCAAAGUUGCAAGAGGCAUAUCCCAAUCUAAUUUAUCGAUGAAGUUGAAAUUCGUAUCAUUUAUUGUAAGCCCGAAAUUGUCUUCACUUUUGGGCUUGAAAUUUUUCAAAGAAUAUGAAGAAUUCUUUGUUAAAUCAAUUGGUGAAGUGUUAAAACGAAGAGAUCAGGAAAAUGUAAAGCGUCACGACUUCGCUGACAUUGCUUUAGCUAUACAGAAGAACGGUACCAUGAGAGACCGUACAACAGGAUACGAGAUAGAGCCUACGACCGGUAUACUCUCUGCACAGGCUUUGUUCUUCUUUGCUGCUGGUGUAGAGCCUUGUGCUAAUGCGAUCUAUGCGACGUUGUAUCUUCUGAGUGUACACCCAGAAAUAUUACAAGAUGUGCACCAAGAGAUAGAUAAGCAUUUUGAAAAAUACAAUAACAAUAUAACCUAUGACGUUAUUUGUGAGAUGGAGUUUACAGAAAAGGUAUUGAGUGAAGCAAUGAGAAUGUUCCCUCCAAUUGGAUUUUUGACGAGACAAUGUGUUCAGGAUACUGUCCUACCUGUUGGUAAUAUCCCAGUACAGAAAGGAACCAAAAUAUUCACUCCAAUUUAUGAUAUCCAUCACGACCCUGAAUUGUAUCCAGACCCAGAAGUGUUCGACCCGGAGCGAUUCUCCAAGGAUAGGAGACCCAAUGACGACAUUUACAUGCCAUUUGGAAUGGGCAACAGGACGUGUAUAGGCGCCAGGUACGCCAAGCUACAAGUGCAGGCUGGUUUGGUGCACGUCUUACGAAACUUCACUGUUGCAUCGAAGCAAACAGAUGAAAAGGUAACAUUCAAGCACGAUUCGUUUAAUGUGAGAUUAAAAAACGUUGAUGUUCAGCUUAUUCCUAGAAAUGUGAAAUAGAUAGUUUUGUGACAAAAAGUGGUUACUUACCAAAUGCAGCUGAUAAACCAAAGGACUAUGAUGUACUUAUGUAUGUAAGCUAUAUUUUUUUCUAUGAUUUUUAUAUAUUCGUAGCCUAUGAAGCUUUUUUUAAAUGAUUUAAAAUGUGUAUAAUUUUCAUUUAAUUCACAUUCGCUUGUAAUUUUCAGGGAACAGAAUUGUUUCAAAAUAAAUAUCUAUGUAAUAAUAAUUUUAGGUAAUAGAACGUUUAUAAUAUAUUCAGUUUAUUCAAUGUAACUAUUUGUGUAUAUAAUAUGAUGUGUAAAGAAGAUUUUAUAAAUUAUAAUAAGAGAGACGUACUAGCUAGGUAUAAGAUAUUAUCUUUCAAGGAAAAAAGGAACUAUUGCCGUUUUCUUAAGUGUUAAUAAAAAUAUUGAAUAAUA